AGGGGAAGCCGAGUACUACCUCCUAGAAAGAUACCUUAUUGAACCCUUGACAGAUCUAGAACGGCAGUGAGCUGCGCCAAGUGUAGGUACUGGUAUCCUAUGCUCGGGUGUAGAAGAUUGCGUUAUUGAGUCGAACCAUACGACGCCGUUUGCCGGCCACUAGUGCGCGUGUAAUGCCAUCUGCAAUACACAACAACGAAGAACGCACAGAAGAGUCGGAGGAUAUGCUGGUAUGAGUGGCUCAUGAGGACCAUUGUCCUGUUCGAACUCGCUUCUCGCGGUGAUCUACACUUGGUUUCUGUGAUCAACCUUAACCCUCGUCCGGUAUCAAUUCUAUUGCGGCUGAGCUCCACCAGUGAAAGGAGUGCGCACAAGGCAAAUGGAGGAUUAAUGAAGGACGCAUCCAGCGCUCGGCAACACCUGUAGACUGUUCUCCAUUCAUCGGCAGAACUCUCAUG